AUGGUGGUCCAUGUUAAAAUCGAUAACGACGGCAUAGACGAGAAUGCCCCAGGUGGAAAAUAUGGCUAUCGCCUUGGACAUAGUCUGGGGGACUAUACUGUACCUGAUCGCAUCUUGAACGCCGAGGAUGACCGUCCUGUCAAGAUUGUGACAGUAGGAGCUGGCAUUUCAGGGAUACUGAUGGCUUACCUGCUUCAACGUGACUGCAAAAAUGUUGAGCACGUCAUCUAUGAAAAGAAUGGUGAUAUUGGUGGCACAUGGCUAGAGAAUCGCUACCCAGGAUGUGCUUGUGAUGUGCCCUCGCACGCCUACACAUACGCUUUUGCAUUAAAUGCCGACUGGCCAGCGUACCUCAGUGGCUCCGACGAUAUCUUUCGAUACCUUACGCGGGUUGUCCAGUGCUUCGAUUUACGAAAGUUCAUGCGCUUUAAUAAUGCUGUGGAGCACGCCGAAUGGAUUGAAGAAGAGGGGAAAUGGUUCGUGGUGAUCCGAGAUCUGCUGACUGGAGCUCGUCUGACGGAGAAAUGUGACUUCUUGAUUGGAGCUAACGGGCUCUUGAAUUCAUGGAAGUGGCCAGAAGAAGUGAAAGGCCUGCACGAUUUCAAAGGAAAACUAAUCCAUACUGCAAGAUGGCCCGACGAGUAUACGGAGAAAGAAUGGGCCAACGAUCGAGUUGCUGUGCUUGGUUCCGGCGCUUCGUCUAUCCAGGUGGUCCCGAGCAUGCAAGAAAAGGCUAAGUCGUUGGAUGUGUAUAUCAGGUCUCCUGUCUGGUUCGCAGAGCUAGCAGGUCACGGUGGAGAAAACACAGAUUACGAGGAGUCAGUGCGCCAAAAUCUACGAACUAAUCCCGCUGACCUGCUAUCGACCGCCAAAGAGAUCGAAGGCGGGCUGAACCAAGGUGCCGGUAUCAAAGCCUUGAUGCCGAAUAGCGCGGAAGCCAAGGCUGCCAAAGCACAUGUUGCGUCCCGUAUGAGGGAGUUCAUCCAGGACGAGAAGCUCUAUGACUUGUUGACCCCUAGUUUCCCACUCGGUUGUCGUCGAUUGACCCCAGGAAAUCCAUUCAUGAGGGCAGUCCAGAAGCCAAACGUGACAGUCCAUCGAUCUGCUGUUGCUGAAGUAAGGGGCAAUACUGUGAUCGAUACUUUGGGAUCAGAGGUUGAAGUUGAUACUCUCAUUUGCGCAACUGGUUUCGAUACCAGCUAUGUCCCGAAGUAUAGCUUAAAAGGGCGCAACGGACUCUUACUUUCCAAGAAGUGGGCUGAGGUUCCAGAAGGAUACAUGGGCAUGAUGGUCCCCGACUUUCCCAACUACUUUAUGUUCCAAGGUCCGACUUUUCCCGUUGCCAACGGAUCAGUGAUGGGCCCAUUGCAAACCGUGGGCGCUUAUAUCGUUCAACUGGUCAAGAAAAUGCAACGCGAGAGCAUUCAUUCAUUCGAUCCCAAGCAAGAUGUAACCGACCAGUUCAACAAGCACACGCAAGCUUGGGUCGCUGGAAGUGCAUGGGCAGAUCGAACGUGCCGUAGCUGGUACAAAAACAACGAAACUGGUCGUGUCCACUCUAUCUGGCCGGGGAGUAGUCUACACUACUGCGAGAUGAUUGCAUCCCCACGUUAUGAAGACUUUGUGAUCAAGUACGAGCACUCGCAGAAUAUGUUCGCCUUCAUGGGUUUGGGCUUCACGAAAGAUCAAGUCGAAGGCGGAGAUCUGUCGCCGUAUAUGAAUGCGGAAGUACUUGAGACAGUGUUCUCCGAUUUCCGAGGGGAUGCAGAUGAGGACUUCAGGGUGCAUGACAGGAAGAACAGGGUGAAUGACUUCCCUACUCCCGCAGCUACCUGA